GGACUGGAAGGAACAGUUGUCAUCAGACACUGGAGAGUGCAGCAUUUUGACUAUUCUGCUUUAACAUAGAGAGACCAACCUGAAAGGAGGGAGAAAUAGAAGAGUAAUAAGUAAUUAUACUGAAACAAAUUUGAAGUCGAAAUAGCUGAAGAAUAUAUAAAUUACAGUUGCUCUGCUUGUUUGGACAGAAGUGGAGCCUUGGAAAACAUCGUUCACUGGAGCCAGCCCAUGGCCUGAUGGUUCAGAUGACUGGAUCCCAUAUGGUCGACUACACGGUUCAAGUACCAGACUCCAAACUUUGAGAAAUAAGUCAGGAAUGAGGGGAGAAUCCUACUUCAUUGGAAUGAGGAGCCCCGGGCAGCAGGGCCAUAUCCCAGAAGAUGGAGGACUUUUCUUACUGUGCUGCAUAGACAGAGACUGGGCUGUCACUCGGUGUUUUGCAGAAGAAGCCUUCCAAGCAAUCACUGACUUCAAUGACCUCCCCAACUCGUUGUUUGCGUGCAAUGUUCACCAGUCAGUGUUCGAAGGAGAAGACGGCAAGGAAAAAUUUGAGGGACUAUUCCGAACCUAUGAUGACUGUGUGACAUUCCAGCUGUUUAAGAGUUUCAGACGUGUUCGAAUAAACUUCAGCAAUCCUAAAUCUGCAGCCCGAGCCAGGAUAGAGCUUCAUGAAACUCAGUUCAGAGGGAAAAAGUUAAAACUCUACUUUGCACAGGUUCAGACUCCAGAGACGGAUGGAGACAAACUGCAUUUGGCUCCACCGCAGCCUGCCAAACAGUUUCUCAUCUCACCCCCUUCAUCUCCUCCUGUUGGCUGGCAGCCAAUCAGCGAUGCCACACCAGUCCUCAACUAUGACCUCCUCUAUGCUGUGGCCAAACUAGGACCAGGAGAGAAGUAUGAGCUCCAUGCAGGGACUGAGUCCACCCCAAGUGUCGUCGUGCACGUGUGUGACAGUGACAUAGAGGAAGAAGAGGAUCCAAGAACUUCCCCAAAGCCAAAAAUCAUCCAGACCCGGCGUCCUGGCCUGCCACCCUCUGUGUCCAACUGAGUUUCCUGCUCUGCCUCGAUGAUAAUAUCCGGCUCCUCUUUAUCAUGCUUUUUAUUUUUUUUUCUUCCGUGUUGUUUGUCAGAAACAAAAAUGAAUUGCCUUUAAAUCCCUGGGUGUUUGGUUGUUUGAGAUUCCUUCCUUGUAAUCAAGCCUCUUGGACAAAAGGGCUAGGAAAAGGUGAUAUGUCUCCUGAUCAUAUCAUACCCAUUAAGUAUAAUCCAUUAUUUAGAAGGUUCUAGGGGGAAAAGUAGUAUUUUCUUAUUAAAUAAUCAGCACAGCCUAUAUCUUUGUUCUCUCUCAUGUUGAUCCAAGCCAGAAACAUCAGUGACAAAUAGCACCUGUGUUGUUCGUGAGCCGUUUCAGUCCCAGUCCUGAUGUGUGCGUGUCGUUUUUUCCUGGCCACUCAAAUAGGACCAUAUGUAACUUGACUUUGACUGCAUGAGAUAUCUCUAUCUGGUCUCUCUCAGUCCUCUGCAUCCCAACAUUCCCAGGACAUGCAUGAUCACCAGCAUUUAUUUUCAUGAUUUGAGGAUAUACUAUAACUCACAGGUCGUCAGCAUCCAGCCAUGUCCUAUCUAGAUUAGGGAAAUGAACAGCAUCAUCCAGCUCAAGUCUGGGUAUCUUCACUAUUUUGAGUCAAUACUUUAUAGCUCUGUUAAAAUUCCUGGAGGCAAAACUGAGCUUGGCCCCAAAGAUAUUCUUCAGUAGAUUUUGAACACCACUUCAUGUAGGAUUUUCCCAGCCUCGUUGGGGAGGCUUGUCCAGUGUGACAGAGACCGAUUUCAGACAAACCUAUUUAUUAUAAAAGUCUCAUGGUGUCGGAACGAUUGUUCUUUCUCUUUGUAUAUUUGUACAAAUGUUUCAGCUGUGCUUUUAAAAUCUGGAUGUUUUUUAUUUAGUGAUUGUUCAACCAUUAGCUGCUUGGAAACAUAAUAUGUGCAUUGCUUCUGAAUGCAUUCAUAUACUAAUACAGAUAAUCUGACAUUACACUCUAGUAUGGAAGAUGCUGAAUUCUGAAAGGGCACAAAAUGUCUCAUGCCAAUGUAUAAGUGAUUAGCCAACAUCUUUGCUAUCAAGACCACUUGUUUUUAAAUAAAGAAAAGAUGCAUGUUCAGUUGUAGACGGUUCGGAUGGAGCUAAACCUCCAGAAUGUAGCAGCAGCUGAGCAUAUUAAAAUAGGAAGGGAUGAUAGAUAAAUAUAUGCUAAUCCUACUCAUGCAAUGCCAUAUGCUCCAAAAGGUUAUUUGUUUUUGUUACACGUGAUUUUUCUAUUUCUCUAGCCCAAAGUGCAUUACAGAAGAUACACCUAGAGAACCAUUACCUUCUGCUAUAUGUGCCAGGCCUCAUCUACUCCUAUAACAUUACUGAAUUACUUUAGAUGCAAAUGCAAAUUACGACGGAGUGGGGAAGUACUUUCAUUCCCCAAGCCUCAGAAAAACACACAAGUACAAUAACACAGCCAACCGAUUGAAGGAUUGUUGUGGUUUUUGACUAAGGUGUAUGUUAGUUUCAUCAGAAACUUAAAACAUAGACUGAUCACUCAGAAAUUAAAGUCCGUUCAACUGUGAAUAUAGCAAUAUAGUACUGGACACAGUACAGAGAAACUGAGGAGAGCAUUGCUUGUAAAAUCCUGAGUUUCCUUAAGGAAAAUGAAGACUCCUUUUAAAACUAAAAUCUGAGGAGUGUACAAUAAGCAAAUGCUUUGAUUUUCCUUUGCUGUGGAGGUUUUCAGGGACAAACGAAAAGACUACAGACAGAAUAGUGGGAAAAUGGUGCCCUCUGGUGGAAGUAAUACUGCACUCAGCUCUUCUGAUAAACAGAUCAACCUUCUCAGCCAAAGGCAGGUCAUUUGACUUGUUAAGCUAGCCUGAAUUUUUGGAAUGCAGGGUCUGAAGAAAUCUAGAUGAGAGAGAAUGUUUGUAACUGUUUUAGAUCAGACACAGACAUUUCUAACAAUUUAGUAAAAGUCAAAAUGACCAUUCUGUGUAUAAUAGAAUACUCGGUGGAUUGUAUAGGUGGUUGGUCUUAGUAGAAUGUAUUGUGUGAAUGUUAACCUGUCUCAAAUGAAGUAAUUCUUUCACUGGGUUGGGUUUGGGGAGGGGGAGGAAGAGAAGCUUUCCCCAGAAGACUGUGAGAAAUGGGAAGGCGUUCUUGAAGGGUUGCAGUGGAACCUCCUAGCACUGUGGAAGUCAGAAUUGCCUCAGCAUUUCCAUGAUGCACAUUAUGCAAACCUCUUUAGCACUAUUUUAAGUUUGAAAAGUUUAAAAAUGGAGGGGAGGGGGACUAUUUCCACCAACUGAAUCAUUUGUGCACGUGUAUAGCUCAAAGAGCUUAGACUUUAAAUAUAUCUGGUGAAUGAC